AUGAGGCAAAGCGUUAGCCUGGAGAAACUAUUAGAUGAAUUCAUUCAGCAACGAACUGCGAGACAUAAUGACAUAAAAGAAGAAAUUAAAAUAUAUGACCAGUUAAAUCAAAACAUUACACUCGGCUUGGAGUCUGGCAAAAUCAAGUUAUCGGAAUUGAAUUCAACGCUUUUAGUUAUAAUAAAGAACAAAUCAUCUUUAGAUGAUAAAAUAGCUGAACAAUAUCAGAAGGAAAAAGCUAUAUCAACUGCUCUAAGUGCGGUAAACAAACAAAUCGAACAAUUUAAAAACGAUACAGUUAUUGAAGCAGAAAACCCCGAGUGUCAAAAUGAUGAUGUUUGUACUGGUAAUUCAACAACGAUAAAUAUACAAACAAAUUAUGAACUUGAAAAAGCCGUUGAGUGGGCUGAUCAAAUACUACAAGAAAUAGACGAGAAACGAUUGAAAAUAGACGAGUGGCCGCGAACACCACAUCCGGUGAACUACGACAACCGUCUUGAAGCAGAAAUUAACAACAUGACUUUGGAAGUCGGUGCAAAGCAAAAACUAGCGGCGUUGGAGUUGAAAAAAGUGCAAAAAAUCCAAAGUAUCAUACCCGAUUACACACAUUUCCAAGAGGAAGCCUUGCAAGUCAACAACAAAAUUGAUGAUUGUCUCAACGUUUUGACAACGAUUUUUCACAACCUCAUGAUUGACAACUAUGGCAAAACUUUGGAAAAUGUAUGCGACGACGGCAAAGAGUUAUAUUCAGUUUGUGUCUUCACUCAAUAA